CUCGAAUCCGGGGAGGGAGAACUAGGGUUUUCAGGGUUCCAGAGUGCGCGUGAACGAUGACGGACUUGGAUUCAUGGGAGGAGAUUGAAUCGCCGGCAGGGUCACAGGCGCCAGCGGCAUCACGGCUCAAUCCAUCGGCGCCUUCCUUCACAUUCAAUCCGUCGGCGCCAUCUUUCAUGCCCAGAGCUCCAGCGCCGCCGACACCAGCUCCAGCUCCACAGCCGGCGCAUCAGCCUGGAUUUGCGAUCCCGGUCCGAAUUCCAGUCCCUGAGCCAGAGGAUUCGGCGGCGUUCGACCAGGCCAAUGGAAUGGAGGUGGAUCCUCCCAAGGAAACAAAGAAGGAGGACCCUCUUCCGGAGGAAAUUGUGGAGAAAUUCGAAGCCACCAAGAUCUCACCAGAUGUAGAAACUCGCGACGAGAUGGAUGCGGAACCAGCACCAAGCAAGGAAGAUUUUCCCGAAGAUGUUACUGACACUCGAUCGCACUUGAAUGUUGUGUUCAUUGGUCACGUUGAUGCUGGCAAGUCCACAAUCGGUGGACAGAUUCUUUUUUUGAGUGGUAUGGUGGACGAACGCACCAUACAGAAAUACGAGCGGGAAGCCAAGGAGAAGAAUCGCGAGAGCUGGUACAUGGCCUACAUUAUGGAUACUAACGAAGAAGAGCGUGCGAAGGGAAAGACAGUGGAAGUUGGCAGGGCUUCCUUCGAAACGGCUAAAACGAGGUUCACGAUUCUGGAUGCUCCCGGGCACAAAAACUAUGUGCCAAAUAUGAUCAGUGGUGCUUCACAAGCGGACAUUGGCGUGCUGGUUAUAUCCGCUCGCAAAGGUGAAUUUGAAACGGGAUUCGAAAGAGGAGGCCAGACACGGGAGCACGCUCAACUUGCAAAGACACUCGGUGUAGCGAAGCUCUUGGUUGUUGUAAACAAGAUGGACGAUCCUUCCGUUGGGUGGGACAAGGAAAGGUUUGACGAGAUUGAGAAGAAGAUGACUCCAUUUCUGAAGUCAUGUGGUUAUAACAUCAAGAAAGAUGUCCAAUUCCUUCCAAUCUCGGGGCUUUAUGGAACAAACCUCAAAGAAAGAAUGCCGACGUCUGUCUGCUCUUGGUGGGAAGGGCCUUGUCUGUUUGAGGCAUUAGACAGCGUGGAGCCGCCUCAAAGGGACGCUACUGGUCCGUUCAGGUAUUGGAGUGUCCGAAUAAACGGUGGACUUGACAGUGUUACAUUUGCCGUUCUCAGGAUGCCGAUCAUCGACAGAUACAAGGACAUGGGCACGGUGGUCAUGGGAAAGAUAGAAGCGGGAUCCGUGAGGCGGGGCGAUAAUUUAGUGGUCAUGCCCAACAAGGCUCCAGUGAAGGUUAUCACCAUCUUCCGUGACGCUGAUGAAGUCAAUCAAGCCAAACCGGGAGAAAAUUUAAGAGUACGGCUGUCUGGUCUUGAGGAAGAUGACAUUUCAUCUGGUUUUGUGCUCUCCAGCAGCAGCAACGCAAUCCCCGCUGUGCUGGAGUUCGAUGCUCAGCUUCAAGUGUUGGAACUUCUCGAUCACAAGGCUAUAUUCACGGCUGGAUAUAAGGCUGUUCUCCACAUCCACGCGGUCGUGGAAGAAUGUGAGAUCAUGGAGCUCAUGCAACAGAUUGACCCAAAAACCAAGAAGCCAAUGAAGAAAAAAGUGCUCUUUGUCAAGGGUGGCGCCGUUGUCGUUGUCAGGAUUCAGGUUCCUGCUCCAAUCUGCAUUGAGAAGUUUCAGGACCUUCCACAGAUGGGCCGUUUCACUUUGCGUGACGAAGGCAAGACUGUCGCCAUUGGCAAGGUCAUUAAGCUGAGACAAGAAUGACGCAGAGUGACUUGUAGCGACGCUUUGGUUCGUGCUGCUGGCCUGAAUCUGCGAUGAAUUCAACGCAAUGGCCUAUAUUUUUGUUUCUCGCGUAUCUCCAUAUCAUCGAACUGUAUUUUGGUGAGCUAGCAAGCACGACAAACGUAUUGACACGUUUCUUAAUCUACGCAAGUUGUUUUCGAGAAUAA